GAUGUUGACUAUGUCACCGAAGCCCCCAGCGUUUUCGACAUGGGGGACUGGCUGAUUGACCUCUUGGAUGAACCUACAGGGUCCAGCAUGUGUGAUCCAAACCCUUGCUUAAAUGGUGGCUCUUGCCAAAGCAAACCCAAUUCACAAUACGCAUGCUCAUGUCCCGAGCCUUACAUUGGUAAAAAGUGUCAAAAAGUGAGAAAUGUUUGUGAGGACGUCAGAUGUGGUCAUGGUGAAUGUGUCGUCAACCUUAAGGAGCAGCCGUUUUACCAGUGCAAGUGCAGACCACCGUACCAAGGCCCCAACUGCAAGACGCUGCCAGCCUCUCCUUGUGAGCCCAACCCCUGCCAGAACGGAGGCUCCUGCAGAAAGCAAUCUCGACGCUUCCGCUGCGACUGUGCAGCGGGUUACAGUGGGAAGCUCUGUGAAGCUGCUCCAAAUGACUGCUACGAAGACAAUGGAGAGACGUACAGAGGUGCAGUCAGCGUAACAGAAGAAGGGGAGACGUGUCUGGACUGGCAAUCAAACUUCAUCCUGCUGAACGGGGAGGAUCCUUUCAGCACCUACCCAGACUUUGGUGGCCUGGACUACAACAACCACUGCAGGAACCCAGAUGGUGAUGACAAGCCCUGGUGUUUUAUUAAAAAGAACAAAAAGCUGCAGUGGAAUUACUGCAAAGUCAAAAAAUGCCCUAAAGGUUCCUCAGGCCCAGAUCCUCCGCCCUCACCAGUCGAACCCGACACACUCUCUCCCCAGUUCUCUCAGUGUGGAAAAUCCCAGCCGUCACUCAGCAGAAUUUACGGGGGCAGCAAGUCCCCCCCGGGUGCCCACCCCUGGCAGGUGUCGGUGCAGAGCAGACUCAAGGGCUCAUCAGGGGGCUUUGGACACAUAUGUGGCGGGAUCCUGCUCCAGUCCUGCUGGGUCCUCACUGCAGCCCACUGCAUUUCAGACACUGUUGAAUUCCAGGUGGUUCUGGGAGGAGUGAACAUAGACAAACAAGAGCAAACGGACCAGACCAUCCCGGUCGUACAAGCAAUAGUUCACGAGACCUACAGAGAAACUCACAAUGCUCUUUACAACGACAUUGCUCUGCUUAAACUCGGAGUUACCAACAGUCCAUACUGUGCCAAGGAAAGCCGCUUUGUGAGGACGGUGUGUCUACCGGACCAGGUCUUCCCGCCUGGGAAGGAGUGCGUGAUCUCUGGAUGGGGAGCCACUGAAACAGAGCGCUACAGCAGCCAGCUGUUGAAUGCUCGUGUUCUCAUGAUCUCUCAAACGCGAUGCAAAGCCCCUCACAUCUACGGGGAUCUGCUGGACGAGAGCAUGCUUUGCGCUGGCGUCCUGCAGGGAGGCGUUGAUUCCUGCCAGGGGGACUCGGGCGGUCCGCUGGUGUGUGAGCAGGACGGCUCCCACUACAUCACCGGGGUGGUGAGCUGGGGCAGCGGCUGUGGUCAGAGGAACAAGCCCGGCGUCUACGCCAACGUCUACACAUUCCUAGACUGGAUCAAAAGCAAGAUUAACUGAAUACUAACUUGCUGACUGGAAGCAGUGUACCGACUGGUUUCACUCUCCCCUUACUUACCUAUUUCGGGAGUGGAAAGAAACUUAGUUUGCUUUGAAAAAAAAAUACUUUAUUUGAUCAGCGAUAAAGCCAAGCAUUUACUCUCAGCACAGCUUUGAUUUCAAAAGGACAGUUACAAACUCAUACAGCUGAACCCGUCAGACAAGAGUAGAUCACACAUCAUUCCAGUACGUCUGUUCUCCGUAACUGAGCCUAGCUCAAAGUGCAUUUCAUUAUCAGACCUGGUUUACGCGGCUGCUACAAGGUUGUCAAGCAUUCGCUUGCAUGUAGCAUGUUUACUAAAGAUAAAACAAUGUAAAAAUCCUCUGCACUUUGCACUGCUGGCCACAGAGCCGACCCUUGUCCAGCUUUCCUCAGCUGUGUACAAACACCGACAUACAAACUUACAUUCCAGUGUCCUUUCAUUUUUCCUACCAUCCAGUGUCACCUUCAUUUGACUUUUUUUUUAUGUUUGAGUAUGUGAUUAAAAUAGUCCUUCAAAAUCUCAUUUAAUACAAUUAGAAGUUUUGAUAAAAUUCCCCCAAAAUCCUUUUUGUUCAGUACGUACCUCAACAAUCCUUAAACAGACAUGACAAGUCGUGUCUGGUUCAACAUCCUUUAUCUCCUUCACUGUGGCACCAACAGCGGUCAGACUUUCUUAAAGUGGCCAUUUGUCACUAUCUUUAAAUAAUAUAAUUUGUGAAAAUUUUAAUUAAAAAAAAAAAAAAGAACGGGUGAAAAGCCAUUUGUUCUAUGCAUCUUGUAUCGCUGCAGCUUUACUAGACAAAGUCAUCUUCAUCGUGUUCUGGAGGGCGGCUGAUGAUGACGAAGAGGUGGAGCUGGACUUCUUCUCCAUGGAUCUGAAUGAGGUUGUGGAGGAGGAGGAUUUUUUCUGGACUGUCUGGAUGGUUUUCUUCCUCUUGACGUGAAGGACCUCCAUGGCGUCCAUGUUGACACCUUUCUGCAUCUCUUCACUGGUGUCCACCUGCUCGGAUGUUUGCUGCUGCUGCAGCUGCAUCUGCUGCUGCUCCAUCUGCUGCUGGUGAUACACCUGGAAGACGGAGACGAGGAUGAGGUCAUUGCAUCGUCUUAUCUUAACGUCAUCCUUUACAGCCUUGAGAAAAAGAUCCACCGUCCAUGCUCUCACCAUCAUCAUGUGCUGAUACUUUGCGAUGGCUUCGUCAGCGGUAACUCCCUCGGCCAGGCCCAGUUCUGCUGCCCGCCGGGCCAGCUCGGCCUUGUGGGAACCGGGAGGGGUCCAGCCCGUUCCCCUCAUCCAGUUCAGGUCUGACUUGUAGUUCACCUGCAACAAAGGGGUGCAAACUUUGAACUCCGAAUUAGGGAUGGGCGGUAUGGACUAAAAAAUGUAUCACGAUAAUUUCUGGCAUUUAUCCCGAUAACGAUAAAAAUGACGAUAAAAAAAUACCAAUUCAACUCCA